CAAAUUCAAUCAGCUAAUCGGAAUACAAUUAACAAAAUUCCUUCGGCUAGUAUUUAAAGAUGGCGACGAGACGCAGGCUUGGCAUGAACGGAUGAAACGGCAUGACACCCUAUGCCUUAUUUAUUCUGUACUGGAUAAUUUUAUCGUUAUUAUCAACUGCCAUGUCUUACGAGCAGUCACAUGACUAUGGAAACCUAGAAGAUGAUGACGUGAUAUUUUAUUCUGUGUUGUAUUCAGUUGUUACUGUGGUUUUCGCAAUGGCAGUACUGUCGAAAUUUUUAACUAACGAAUUUAGAUUGGGAUUUCGAUCAGUCUUGAGCCUUUUAGUGUUGUUUUUAGGCGAGCCGCUGUGUCAGUUUUUGAUAAAGGGGCCAGGGGGUGUUGUAACCUUUGCAGGCUGCUGUUUGUUGAUUUAUUCUGUUCUCCCAGCUAGUCACCUUCCGGUGGGAAACAAAGCCGUGCUUGUGACAGGAUGUGAUUCUGGAAUUGGACAUGCUGUGGUGAGAAAGUUGGACAGCAUCGGGAUGAGGGUGUACGCUGCUUGUCUGGAUGCCAGUAGUCCAGGUGCCAUCUCGCUGAGGAACAACUGCUCAGACAGUGUACAUAUUCUCCAACUUGACAUUACAAACAAAAAGGACAUUGAAAACAUUGUUAGUUUUAUAAAGGAUACAGUAGGUUCAGAAGGACUCUGGGGUUUGGUGAAUAAUGCAGGAGUGUGGUAUUUUUCUGAGAUAGAAAUGACAUCGGACACCUUGCUGAGAAAAGUUUUAGAGACCAAUGUCCUAGGAGCUAUAACAUUGACAAGAGCACUUCUUCCUCAAAUAAGACAAGCAAAAGGAAGAAUAGUUAAUGUGUCUAGUUUAUUAGGUAGAAUAACUAUGGAUGGUAAUGGAGCUUAUGCUAUUUCUAAACAUGCAUUGGUGGCAUUCUCUGACACACUACGACAAGAAAUGAAGAAGUGGGGAGUUAAAGUCUCUAUCAUCGAACCAACGGGGUUUUAUACAGAUAAUAUGAAGGAACACAACAUUAUGCGUAGAAAAGAAGAGAUAUGGAGCACUGUGGAAAAUGACGAGAUCAGAAACACUUACGGCAGGCAGUAUUUUGAUAGUAUUUACAACAGUAUCAAAGAGGGAUCCAAUCGUUACCCCUCGGACCUAACCCCCAUAACAAGAGCCAUAAGGAGUGGACUUCUGUCUAAGCGCCCCAGGGAGAGGUUUCCAUGUGGGACUGGAGCAGAGUUUUUGUUGACCUUGUAUCCUUUAUUACCCGUGUGGAUGGCAGAUUCCUUGUCCACAUCUCUUGGGAUCAUGCCCAGAACAAUACAACCAGCAGCCCUGGAACACUAGGGAUCCCAGCUUUUAUUUGAGCCAUCACUGCCAAACAUGCCAAUUUAUUCAUUGCUUUUAUUAUAUCAAGCUCUUUAACACAGUUCUGUGAAAUGAUGUCAUAAAGAAGAACUUGUCUGUUAAAUUUUCCUUCAACAAAAGGAUUAAAUUGUGUGCAAUCUUAUUAGAGGGAGAUUACUGUUAUAUUUUGUUUGGCUAUAUAAAUUUUCUGUUGGUGUUUCUAUUGAAACUUGUGGAAUAUUUUUUGUUUUUACUUUUCUCCUUAGUCUUUUUUGUUUGAAUAUUGUUGAAAGUGCUUAUUAAGAUCGUUGAUCUUUUGUUGUUUUGAUUUGGAACAUUUGAUUAUACAUACAGAUAUGUUCUUGUAAACAAGUUUUAACAAUGUGAACAAAAUUUAAUCAAUGUCUUGUACCUUUGAAGAGAAUUUUUUUUUGUAAGGGUUAACAGCAUGUAGUCCCAUCAUGAUAUUUUUUUUCUAAUUGUAGUUUUGUAAAUGUGUUCUGUAUUCAAUUUUCCUUUAAACCUUGUAACUUGUGCUUGAAAGCCUUUGGUUACGAUAUACAUGUACCUGUUAACUAUUUAAUGCUGGAACUGGCAAUGUAUUGUGAUAUACAGGAAUUCUCUCACUUUAAUCACACCAUCAGAUGGUGGAUAAAGUGAACUGUGAUUAAAUUAUUCAACUAUUAUUUUCAUCUUUUAAAGUAUUAUUGUAAAUGUGCAUUAAAUAUGAAUAUUUGCAGCAUCAUUUUAUGUAAAAUGUUUCAUUUUUUAGAGUACAAAAGUUCUUUCAACUAAUUGUACAAAUGAAUUCCAAGAACUGUCUGAAUUUUUGCUAAUUCAAUUUCAGUUGCAACACACCAUUUGAUCGACAUAAUUCAAUUUAUAUACCAUAUAAGAUGGUUGGCUGCUCUACUUGCUAUAUGAUGACUAUGCUGAUUUUAAGAAUUUUAUAACAAUAUUAUCACAUCUAGGUUACAUUUUCAUGUUGAUAUAAAUUACAUCAGAUAUUUUAGAAAUUUAACUCAUAAUCAAGGAAGCUAAUAUUGAACCAUUUUUUAAUUACAGGAUAUAAAAAUUAUUUGGAGUAUAUAAAAACAUUAUAAAGCAUAUAUAUAAUCUCCAAACUAUUUUCUAUCAUUAACAAGGAGAAACAUUAGCUUCUUUCCUUUAUGGAUCAAACAAUGUUAUGGGGCUAUAUAAAACUGUUUGGGGUAGUUUACAGUUCAUAAACUGCAUGUCAAAGAAAUGUGAACUAUAUGUACCUUAACCCAUUUUAUAUCCCCCCCCCCCCCCCCCCCAUAAUAUGGUUUGCUGUAAUCAUUAAUUUGAUUGAAAUUUCACAAUUAAAUCAUGCUCUUUACUAAAUUUUGAUGAUGCAGUGUCAUGCAAUUUUAUGACAUCACAAUGUGUUUACAUGCUGUAAAGCAUCUUUAUGAAAAAUAAUGUAAUUUUUUAAACCAAUCAAAUUUUGUGUUACAACUAAUAUUGGAUUAUUAUUAAGAAAUAGAUAUAUGUACUUGCAUAUAAGUCAGUUGCUUUUUUUUCUUCAGGAAAUUAUGGAGUUAUUUGACAUUAUAUAAAGUGUGACAAGAUUUUCAUUGGAAUCAGUCGUCCACUGAGAUCAUAUGUAUACACACAUUAGUAAUGCCAUACAUCAUUUUAACAACAGUACAAUGAGAUUUAAACUCCAUAUCUUACCAUAAUAAAUUGUAUUUGCAAGAUGUAUUUAAUCUUUUUACCAUGUAUUGAUAUUAAUUCCAACCACACUUUAUCAGUGAGAGAAAUUUCCUUGGCAGUAUUUGGAAUAUAGAAGAUUAAUGACAAAUAUAGAACUCCCCGAUAUCUGACUUAUAAGCAAGUAAUUGUAUGCAUUGUACAUUAAAAGCAUGUAUUCUUUAAUUUAUUUCUUACUCUCCAAGACAAAUUAAUGAGAAAUGCAAGUAAAUAUUUACAAAAUAAAUGUUUUGAUAAAUAUAA